AUGAAUGAACAAUCAGAAAAAAACAAUUCCACUCAAGAGAGAAACACAGAUGGAAGUUCUCCUGAGAAAAAUGGUCAAAUUGGACAGAAACAGCUGCAACAAAUAGAGCGACAGUUAAAAUGCUUGGCAUUUCAAAACCCUGGACCACAGGUAGCGGACUUCAACCCUGAAACACGGCAGCAAAAAAAGAAAGCGCGUAUGUCCAAGAUGAAUGAGUAUUUUUCUGUGAAAUACAAGGUUAUGAGGAAGUACGACAAAAGUGGCAGGCUCAUCUGUAAUGACGUGGAUCUGUGUGACUGCCUGGAGAAGAACUGCCUGGGCUGCUUCUACCCUUGCCCCAAGUGUAACUCCAACAAGUGUGGGCCCGAGUGCCGCUGCAACCGCCGGUGGGUCUACGAUGCCAUUGUCACCGAAUCAGGGGAGGUUAUCACCACACUACCUUUUGAGGUUCCUGACUAG